AUGCUCAUGGGACUCGAAGGUCGCAUGGAGCGCAUGGAAGCGUCCCAGAUGCAGAUGGACGAGAACGAGCGAUUUCGAGGUGCAAUCGAGAGUGGACUCUUCAGCUCUCUGCUUGGCCGCAACAUGGGCAACGCUGGACCGAUGCACCAGGACGCUCUUGGCAACUCGCCGCCAAGACGAAAAGCUGUGUAUCAAGCGCAUGACCAGCCAAGGCAGCACCCGAGUGUGUCACCGGCUCAAGGCGCCCACGUUGAGCCGCUCGGACCGCAGUAUGCGGCGCCGGACUAA